UCCGCUCCUGCCCCCCUCGCCUGCUGCAAACUCGCUUCGUCGCCGGCGCAAGAUCCCUGGUCAGACCACCGGCCAUGGGGAAGAGGAAGUCGAGGAAGCCGGUGGCGGCGCCCAAGAAGGCGCCGAAGCUGGACACGGAGUUCGCCUGCCCGUUCUGCGGCCACCCCGACGCCGUAGGGUGCCUCAUCGUCCUGAAGCGCGGGUUCGCCAGGGCGUCGUGCCACAUCUGCCAGGAGAGCUACGCCACCCGCGCCAACGCCCUGACGGAGCCCGUCGACGUCUACAGCGAGUGGAUCGACGCCUGCGUGGACGCCAACGAGGGCGUCGCCGACCGCCGCUGCCGGCCGCGCCUUGGCUGACGCCGGAGUCCACGAAUACGACGUGUGAUCGUGCUGUAGCUACUAGUUUCAAUUGGUUUCACUUGUCAGGCAUGAGUUAGUGGUUUUUGCCGUUCUUUUGGAGCCCGGAAUUGCAGGGCAUAUCAAGUUGUCGAUAUGAUUA